CCACGUGGGAGGGAGGGGUUGGAGUUAAUAGUUAGAGAAAGGGGAGAUCGUAGGGAACUCGUCCGACUGCGAGAGAAGAAGAAGCGGACAGCCUACGCUUCUCCGGUCCCUCCACCAGGUCUCAGUAUUUUUUUUGGUUAAACAAGUGAAGGCAGACCGGGAGAGGAUGUCGAGUUCCAAGGAAGAAAAAGCUCAGGCAGCAGCCGAAAGGAUCAAGGCUGCAGCUCUGACUGCUGCCAAAGGACUUAGCCGUACCCAAGCUGAACGUGCUGCUGCCGCUGCAGCAAGGAACGUGAAUGCAUACGGGCAGAAGGAAGAAGGUCCGAGCCGAUGGCAGGAGAAAAGGGAAGCAAAAAGGCAGAUGUAUUUGAUGAGUACCGAAAAGGCUGUUAGAUUGGGAGAAAGAAAAGACAAGUCAACUUCCUUUGCUGUGGGAACCUCAGCUGCACAGUGCCAGAAAUGCUUCCAAACUGGGCACUGGACUUACGAGUGCAAGAACGAGAGAGUCUACAUCUCUCGGCCCUCCAGAACCCAGCAACUUAAAAACCCUAAACUCAGAACAAAGCUUUCGAUCUCAUCCGACCUGGAGGAUGGUGAGCCAGAUGCUAAAACCGAGAAAGAAGCUGAGAAGAAUUCCAAGAAGAGCAAGAGAAAACACCGAUCAGACUCUGACUCCGGUAGUGACAGUGAAGCCUCGGUGUUUGAAACUGAUAGCGGGUCAUCAUCAGUUACUGGUUCCAACUCCUCUGGAGAGAGUAGCUCAGAUUACAGCUCAUCUUCAGACUCAGAGGAAGAGCGAAAAAGGAGAAGGAAGAACAAGACGAAGAAGAAGAAGAAGACACAAAAUCACAGAAGGGGAAGGCGCAGAAGAUACAGCUCGUCAUCCGAAUCUUCUGAUUCUGAAACUGCAUCGGACUCGGAUUCUGGUGAUGACAGGAGCAGUAGAAAGAAGAGCAAGAGGCGCAGCCGACGGGAGUGAAAUUGAUCCCAAGAGAUUACAGUACCGUUUCAGCUCUGCAAGAAGACAAUCAUAUAUGGCUUCUUCUUUGAUCUUCUCUGAAACCUUUUACUUAUGUUUGGUCAGUUUAUGCGUUUGGUUUUGUAAUGAACUCUUUUUGGAGUUUUGUUUCUGCAUCUUUUAGGCUUCACUUUCACUUGUGAAAGAAAAAGGGAGCAGUUCCUCAGGUUGAUUGUUUCUUCCUCUUUUGUUUUAAUCAAUGCCUUAUCAACU